CCUCCUGUGUUCACUCUGUCCUGUGUAGAAGCCAGAACGUGAUGAGUGGGGCAAUGGGCUGGAGGCCAUGCAGUGUGCUCUGCAGCUGGAGAAGAAUGUGAACCAGGCCCUGCUGGACCUGCACAAGAUUGCCUCGGACAAGGUUGACUCCCAUCUGUGUGACUUCCUGGAAACCCAUUGCCUGAAGGAGCAGGUGGAGGCCAUUAAGAAGCUGGGAGACCACAUCACCAACCUCACCAAGAUGGAUGCUGUCAACAACAAGAUGGCAGAGUACCUGUUUGACAAGCACACCCUGGGAGGCCAGAGCUAAACCACUUCCAUCCCCAGGCUAUGGCCUCCAGCCUCAGACCAGGACUCCUGCCUUCUCUGAUAGAUCCUAUUGGCUUUGCAUUUAUAGGGAGGGGAGUGUUAAACUGGUGCAGUGCAACACAGCUGUAACAUUGAGAGGUUUCUUUUGACAACCCUACUGUAUGUUGGAGGCAAGGCAUUUUGUAAAACAAUUAAAAUAAUCUCACUAAA